AUGUCUGGAAUUGAAGUCAUCGGCGUAAUCGCAACCGUCCUGACGCUUCUGGAUGCCGUUGCGUCCGUCUCCAGUGCUUUGAAAAGUGCUUCCGGCCUCCCACCAGCCUUUCGUCAAGUCGAACAGAGACUCCCACUCGCUCAAUCCAUUCUUCAUGACACUAAGAAGUUGAACCUGGAGGAAUCGGUGUGGAGGGCGAUCAAGCCAACCGUGGAACACUGCGAGGGCGAUGUCAAAAGCUUGAAGCACAUAUUCGAGGGACUUAAGCUCCCAAGCAAAAACUUCAACAUACGACGCUAUUAUAACCUUGUGAAGGCCAUGGGCAAGGGGAACGAGGUGGAGAAUCUGAUGAAAGGGAUCUUUAUGGAUCUGCAGCUCCUCGCAGCAAACCAUUCGAUCCGGGGUGUGGUUUCAGCCCGAGUCAAGGAGCUGGACGAUGCUGUCAAGGCGCUCUCAAAUGUGCCGUCGUCGGUGCCGAAGGAAAUUUUCGAGAGCGCCAAUGAACGAAACUCUCAAAAUGUUUACGGUGGCAGGGCAUACCAAAAUAAUAUGUCCGGGUUCAAUAACAAACAGAUCAAUUACAAUGCAGCUGUGACUCGGAACUACGGGAGGAGGUCGAAUCUUAAUUACGACGACGACGACGAUGAGAGUGGUGAAGACUAG